CCCUUCAAAAUAAAAGCCCGGGUUAUCGACCACUUUAGAUACGCAGUGUGUGGACACACUGCGUAUCUUUCAGAGGAUGGUAAGCAAUGUUUGGGUGCUACUACCUACAUAUACUUUGACAGUCUUUAAAGAGGUCAGCACCACAGAGGCUUUUAUUGUGAAAAUCCGGGUGAAGUCCACAGGUGAUAUCUGAUGAAGAGUCACAUGAAGGCUUCAUAACAGCAGCUGCUGUCAGUGUGCGAGCAGUGUGUGUGGAGAGGUGCAUUCUGGGAAAUACAUACGAGGAACAUGGAUCAAAUAUUCGGGAAAAACGGGAGCGAGACUCUGGAGCCGGUGAAGGCUCAGGUGACAGGUGAGCUCCCCCCCUGGCUGAGGGGCUCCCUGCUGAGGAACGGCCCCGGUCUCUUCUCAGUGGGAGAGUCCCAGUACAACCACUGGUUUGACGGGCUGUCACUCAUCCACAGCUUCACCUUCAGCGGGGGUGAGGUCACCUACAGGAGCAAGUUCCUGAAGAGCGACACCUACAAGAGGAACAUCAAGGCGAACCGGAUCGUGGUCUCAGAGUUCGGGACCAUGAUCUACCCGGACCCCUGCAAGAACAUCUUCUCACGGGUCUUCACACACCUCAGCAACGUCAUCCCGGACUUCACGGACAACAACCUGAUCAACAUCAUCCGGUACGGGCAGGACUACUACGCCUCGUCGGAGGUCAACUACAUGAACCAGAUCGACCCGGAGACCCUGGAGACCGUGGGGAGGAUUAACUACAGGGACCACAUCGCCCUGAACCUGGCCACGGCCCACCCUCACUACGACAGUGAAGGCAACACCUACAACAUGGGGACCGCCAUGAUGAGCUUCGGCCUCCCAAAGUACGUCAUCUUCAAAGUCCCAGGAGACGCUUCAGAUAAGCAGCACGGGAAGCCGGCUCUGAGGAAGGUGGAGCAGAUCGGUUCGAUCCCCUUUCGCUCCACGUUGUUCCCGAGCUACUACCACAGCUUCGGCAUGACGGAGAACUACAUCGUGUUCGUGGAGCAGCCGUACAAACUGGACAUCAUGAAGCUCGCCACCGCCUACUUCAGAGGCAUCAACUGGGGCAGCUGCCUGAAGUUCGACAAGGACGACAUCACGUUGUUCCACGUCGUCAACAAGCACACGGGGAAGGCGGUGUCCACGCGUUUCUACGCCGACGCUCUGGUUGUUUUCCAUCACAUCAACGCGUACGAGUCGGACGGCCACGUGGUGUUCGACCUGAUCAGCUACGAGGACAGCAAACUGUACGAGAUGUUCUACAUGAAGAACCUGAAGCAGGACGUGGGCAGCUUCAUGGAGGAGAACCGGAGCUCCUGCAUCCCCGACGUGCUGAGGUUCGUCCUGCCGCUCGCCGACAACAAGGAGGCUCCCAGAGGAUCUAACCUGGUGACUCUGGAGGGAGAGACGGCGACGGCGGUGAUGAAGGAGGACGGAUCCGUCUACUGCCAGCCCGACUUCCUGUUCAAAGGUCUGGAGCUCCCGGGCAUCAACUACAACUUCAACGCUAAGAAGUACCGAUACUUCUACGCCUCAAAGAUGGAGUUAUCGGCUCAUCCCAGCAAGAUCGCAAAGUUUGACGUGGUCAGCAGGAAUCUGUUGGAGUGGCAUCAGGAGAACUGCUUCGCCUCGGAGCCGGUGUUCGUGGCGUCUCCAGGAGCCGUGGAGGAAGACGACGGCGUGAUCUUAUCGUCCGUCAUCUCUCCGGAUCCCAACAUCUCGCCCUUCAUGCUCGUCCUCGACGCCAAAACCUUCACAGAGAUCGCCCGAGCGUCCAUCGAUGCUGACGUGCACAUGGACCUCCACGGACUGUUCAUCCCCGCCGCCGUCUGACGCCUGAACAAAGCGUCCUGAACUCCAAGUCUAGAGUUUGACUCAAACGUAUCUGCACUCACCUCUGAGGUGGAACUGUGUGGAAAACACAAAGGCAACUGAAUAAGGUGCAAAGUGCAGAAUGAGUUCAUUUAUUGUUUGUAGAUUCUGUUGUUGUUGUUCUUUACCAUCUUCAUGUGGUAUGAAACAGAGCAGCUACGCUUAAACAUAGUUUAGCUUAAAGGUA